AUGAAAUAAUAACCAUAAUAAAGGAUAGUUUAAAGUACUUCAAGGUAUUAGAAUAUAAAUAUUUAGAUUAAUUUCACCAAGAUAAAAUUUUCAAUUGAAAUACACUAAAAGUAUUUCUAAAGAAUCUAAGAAUAGGUUGAAAACUGCCAGAUAUAAUGAACUUGAAAGAUUUCUAAUAAAGAAUCAAAGUAAUAAUGAUAAUAAGAAAUGUAAUACAAGUUGUAAUUGUGGUUAAUGUGGAAAGAUGAGCUUGUUUUAGAUUAAAAUAUGGAGUUAAAUAUCUUCAUUUGAGUCAGCGUAUGUCAAAAUUCUAUUUUUUUUCUAAGUUAUACAAGAAGGAAAAGAGUAUUUAAGCGCUUUAGAAUAGCUGGAUAUGCAGCCUAGUUUUUAGUUUUUUAUAAAUCAGAAUAAAUAAGAAAACAUAAAAGACAGAGAUAUCUAUAACAAUUUCUUAGAAAUCCUUAAAUGAAUGUUAAACGAGGGACAAUGAUAAUUUAAUCAGCACAUUCUCAUAGAUCUCCAAAGUCUCCAAAUGCAUCUGAGAAUAUAAUAAGGUUAAUAAAUAAAGUAUAAAUUUAGAAGGAAUGCUACAGAUUGUUUUGAAAUAGAUUCAAUAAAGGAGAAACUAUCAUUUAAUAAUGAACAUUUUAGUACAGUGAUAAAUAGUUAAAAUUCUAGUAUUAAAAAACGAUAAGUUUCACUCUAUAUGGAAAAGAUGUUAAGAAAAAUAACAAAUAAAAAAUAACCUGCCAUGUAUUUAACUCCUUUAUCUAUAAUUGUAGAAUAUUUCUAUUAAUUUUAGGAUAAAAAAAUGAAGAAAAAGAAUACUCUACCUAGUAUUUCUUAAUAGAUUUCUCCAAAAAAUAGUUUGGAUAAUCUUUAAUUAGAUAAAAUAUAAAAUCCAUUUAAUCUUUUAUAAAAUAGAUAAAAAAAAACAAAAAAUGCUAAUACUUUUCAUAAUGAAUAUUCUUAAAAUAAUUAAGGAGUAAUGAAAUUGAUAGAUGAAAUGAAAAUAAAACAUAGAUAACUUAAAAGAAGAUAUUGA